AUGAAGGAGGCCGAGAAGAUAGCCAAGAACCCUGUGGAGGAAGACUCUGCUGUGAACGAGAUUUCAGCAUCUCAGGUUUCCACCCCUGAGCCGCCUGAGCCAGUGCCCACUGAGGCUCCUGAAGAGGAGUCUAAGGAGAAGCCCCCGGAGCUCUUUAAUUCCCAGAACGUCAGUCUGGACCUGAGUAUGCCCUGA